UAGCAAAACAAUCACGCGAAAUAAAGUAAAGAUGUGCAUGAGAACGGAGGAACCAGGAGGAAAAUGGAAAGUUUGUGGCAAAACCACUGACAAUGAAUAACUUUUUCACGGCGGCCACUUAUGAUGACAACAUUACUGAACAGCAGGAGAAACAGGCGCUGAUUGUGUGUUAGCACUAGCGAUGCUAACAGCGUCAGCCCAGCUAACGUCAGCAGGAUGUCUUGACUGGAGAUGCUAACACAAGUGCUGCGUUGCUCUACAUGAAGAACAACAAUUAGUUCUUGUUUGCCACUUGGUGGGACAGAUAAAAGAAAUGCUCGUGUGCUUCAGAGGAAGAUGGAAGACUUGUCUCACAAAUCGCUCUCAUUAAAGAAGGCCAUUGCACUUCUCCAGUCAGUGGAGUCCAUGAUGGAGCAAAACGCCAAUGGAGAACAACUGGAAACCAAUGAUGUGGAAGCUGAGUCGUCAGUUGGCCACAUGAAACUUGUACAGACCCCGAACAGACCAAAACAGCUAAAAACUGAGAAAGAUGUCCGUGUAGGCACGACCAUGGACAGCAGCACCUUCACCUUCCCUUUCCCCUUCCCCUUCUCCUCCGGCAGCGGAACCUUCAGUGGCACCUUCCCCGAAGGCGGCAGCACCAGCAGCGGCAUCAGCAAUAACAACGGCAUCUUCUCCAGCGGCAUUUUCGCUGGCAACGAGAACGGGAACAGUGGCAUCUUUGCUGGCAACGAGAACGGGAACAGUGGCAUCUUUGCCGGCAACGGGAACGGGAACAGUGGCAUCUUUGCCAGCAACGAGAACGGGAACAGUGGCAUCUUUGCCGGCAACGAGAACGGGAACAGUGGCAUCUUUGCCGGCAACGGCGAAGGCAAUGGUGGCAUCAUCGCCAGUAAUGGGAAUGGCAGCAUCGCUGCCAGCAACUGCGUCAUCAUCGCCGGCAGAGGUGAGGGCAACGGUGUCAUCGUCGCCGGCAGAGGCGAGGGCAACUGCGGCAUAUUUGCCGGCAAUGGCGAGGGCAAUGGCGGCAGCAACUUCCCCGCCGGCUUUGGCAACUUUGCGGGUGACAGUAGCAGCUACAACAACGGCAGCACAUAAAGACUCCCCUGCUGAAGCCGGAGGGAGAGGGGCCACCUGAAGGUGGAGACGAGCUCCAGAACUAAGCAAAGACAGAGUCAUCCUUGCUUUGAAUCUUGGGAACUCAGAACUGAUCACAAACUCGUGUGACCACACCAAGAAGUUGGGAAUAGGUCUACCCAAUCAUGCAAGAGUUCUAUUUCUGUAUGUCCCAGUUUUUCUCGGCUUAAAAUAAAACUCUUAACUGAUAAGUAACUUAUUUCUUCUUUCCCAGACAUGAACUUUGGAAUGGGUUAAAAAAAAACAUUACUGGGUUUUUGUGCAAAGCAAAUGAAACUUGGUUUUGUUUGUGUAAACACUUUGAGACCUUAUGACCAGACUUGUAUCAUUAAAAACAGUGUUACCAAGGUAACUCCAAAAGUU